GUGGAUGCGUUUGUCCUUUAGAAAUAUGAACUGCUUCACUCGGAGGUUGAGGCGCACGGCUCCCGCACGAGGCAGCAGCAAGAACGAGCUGGUCCCCUCCAAGCCCCCCAGGAUCAACGGAUGGUCGUGGCCCCUGCAGCCUCUGCAAGUUCUGGGGUGGCUGGUGUACAGCUACCUCGCCAUAGUCGGCUUCGGAGUUCACAUCCCUCUGCUGCCUCAUUUGUGGAGCCAUUUGGCCUAUUCUGUUACUGGCAUAUCAUUUAUUGCACACUUUUUCACCCAUAUUGCUGCCGUGACGAUCGAUCCAGCAGAUGGAAGUGUGAGGGCCAAGAAGAGCUAUUCUACCCCGCUGCCUCUGUUUGACCGGACGAAGCGAGCGCAUGUUAUCCAGGAUCAGCACUGUUAUCUGUGUGAUGUCAAGGUUGGGCCCAAAGUGAAACACUGCGGCACGUGCAACAAAUGUGUGGAAGGCUUCGAUCAUCACUGCAAAUGGCUGAACACCUGUGUGGGUCGAAGAAACUACUGGUUCUUCUUCGGGGCACUUGUCUCUGCGACCGUCAGCAUCUUUGUUCUCAUUCUUGUCAUCUUGUUCACGUUUAUCCAGCAUUACUUGAAUCCACACAGCCUGCGAACGGCGCCGCAGUUUAACACAAUGCUGGGGAAUACAACGUGGCUGGUGUUUUUACCGCUGGCGCCUGUGAGGACAACCGCAGCCGGUUUCCUCAUAUUAACGUUCAUAACCGUCAUCCUGAGCGCCGUCUGCCUGCUGCUGCUCUGUCACCUGCUGGCCUUUCACCUAUACCUCUUUUAUAAAGGUAUAAGCACAUUUGAUUUUGUACGGAUAAAACGCCAAAAAGAAGCUAGUAGCAAAGAAACUAAAAAUACUUGCAAGUCCAAAACAAAUUGCAACGCUGCAAAGAAGAGCCAAGAGACCUCAAUUAAUUGUGAGCCAGCAGUAUCACAAAGUUCAAGUUUCUGUAAGUUUGGCAGCAAACGUCUUCUCAGCAGCAGACUAUCAGACUCCAUAUGCACAGAGCUGGAGAACUUUAAGAAAUCAGCAGAAAAGGAGAAUAAUUUUCAUUACGGGACAGAAAUUCCCACAGAAAAUGAAACCAGGGAAAUAUCGAUGAGUGUCAUCACAGGCUGGGGCUCUGACAACGAUGAGGAAGAUCGGGCGGCUGGUGAGAAAUCCAUUCCUGUGGAGCAGGAUCCUCUGGGCAGCUCAGCCAUGCCUCGGGAUCGAUCUCAGCAGUAG